GUGGUUUUUCUCGGCGUUUCGGUCGCAUGACAAUUUAUCCAAACAUCAGUUUUCAAAAAUCUGAAUCAAGGGAAACAAAAUGUAGAAAGAAGAUCCAUGGUUUUCUUUCAUAACAUCAAUCCCGGGGCUCGCGUUCAAGUGAGAUGGCGGGGAAAAAUCGAAACCGGGACAAUUCGAUAUGCAGGAAGCUUGAUGGCGAAAGAUGGCGAAUGGGUUGGCAUUGAAUUAGACAAAAGAGUUGGUAAUACUAGUGGCCUGUAUAAGGGAAUCCAGUACUUUCAAUGCAGAGAUGGCCAUGGAAUAUUCACACACGCAAGAAACAUCAGAUUUAUUCCAAGUCAAAGAAGGUUACAUGAUACAUUCAAGGUAGUUUCCAGGACCUCAUCUGUGGAUGAGACUCUCUUUUCUAAAACUGAAGUGACCCCUGUGAAGAGUUACUCUGAUCCUGAAGUCAUUACUACCAAGUACCUGGACAGGGUUAAAACAAUGAUUCAAGGAGAAUUUCCUUGGCCUGAAGCAAAAACACGGUUUAACAAAAGCCAUUUAGUUGGAGCUCACAUUCCAUCAGCAACAAGAGGGAGAGGUCACUCUGCAGCUUAUUUCAAGCCUGAGGAAGACUUUAGCUUUAACAAACACUUUAUUUCUCCUUCAUCAAUUCCAAACAUUCACAUACCUCGACCUAUUCUGAAGAGAAUGUUAAGAUCUGAAUACUUUGGGACAACAAUCCCAAGGUAUUCUAGUCUUUCAUAAGAAGGGACCCUGGUCAGUGGUGUGUUGCAGAGGCCAAUAGGGAUAACAUUACUUUCUAAGGAGUUUCCUUUCAAUGCCAUUGUGCUACUGUAACAGGUCACCUAACAAAAAUUAACCAAUCACAGUGUGCCUUCCACCUCCACUAUAUCCAUUUCUUUUUUGUUGUAAAUCUUGGUUACAUGGUGUUACAUACUUUGCACAGCAUACCCUUUUAGGUGCUGCCUAUGGGCCACCUAGACCAGACAAGAUGAGUUUGUGUGUUUUGACACAGUCCUCCAUAAGGACAAGUUUAGCUGGUGAAACAUUAAGUGUUUCAUGGUUGUCAAUCAACACACACAGUAUAUGAAACAAAUAUUGAGGCCAACUAUAUUCAACUGCACCAAUCAGUGCUUAGGACCAAAGGAAGCUAAACUGCUGAAGAGUUUAGGUGUAAUUUAGUUUGUAUCCAGUUAUUACGUUAGUCAGUUUUGAGUUCCGUAAGUAACCUCUGAGCCAUAACACUGUGCUUAACCAUAUUGACUGUUAAAAACCAUAAUGUAGAUAUCUUUUAUGUAGGCACAUAAGCAUGUAAGCAGCAUUUGAUCGAUGAGUGGUAAAAUGAUUCUUGUAAUUUAGCAGAUAUAAGGAAUAAUGUAUUUUAGAGGAAAGGAAGCCUGUUGAUAGCCUCCAAUCAGGUAGAUUCCUGACUCCUCACUUUCUGAAACUCCUGCGUGUUUGAGGUGUUCAUUUCUUAAAACAGAGUGAAAUAGUAAACAGUGGAAUAUUAGAAGCAGAGAGAGACCAACAAACCGCCCUCACUCUUGUUACUAACACACUUCAUUUUAAAAACUGAAUGCCUCAACCUUUUAUUUGUCUUACUUAUGAAAAGUAAAACAGUCCUUUUUACGGCUGAACUUUUCAUAAAAUUAGAUAGCCAUGGCUUGAGUCUUUAACUUAUUGCAUGACAAAUGUCACUGACACUAAUGUUAAACCCUACAGUAUAAUAAGCCCAAAUUUCAAGUUCAGAGUGGGAUGGACUGGGUAACUGUUAGUGACUGAGUGCCUUGAAAAGGCUACACAGUCGUAAUAGUACAAAGGCAGUGACUAUAGUGCUACACUGGAGCUGUCUCAUUUGAAAUUUAACAAUUAACUUUCAAAUGAGACUUGUCCUUUAAAGUCCACUGAACUGACCCAAAACUGGCUUUAAAUUACUGUAACAAAACUGAAAAUUUUCAUUCACUUGUGAUUACUGCUUAAUUAACUAACAUAUACUGGAGGACACAUUUUACAAUCUAUUCUUACCUCUUUAUUACAAAAGAUUACAUGAACUUCUAUUGACUGUAAUACAGGGCUAAAAAUACUUUGAAAAUAACUAUAAUGUACCUGCCACUAUGACGGUUUUUUUUUUUUUUUGUUUGCUUGGAUGAUAUCAUUUUGUACAGUUACUUAUUAAAUAAGUACAUUUUUUUAAU